AUGUUCCCUUUGGCUGCCUCGUUCGGCGGCUACUACGCCCUGUACGUGGCGGUUCUGACUGCGUCAGUCCGCCUGGCGGUGUUCCUCUCCUGCCUCGUCUCCGCGGACCGGCUCAUCAACAUCAGCAAAUUUGUCUACUUCAAGAUCCGUGCCAGGCUGACGGGCCACCUCCCGGAGCACGACUGGGCCUUCCCAGACCUGCCCCAUGACCCUGCUGCAUACCCCAAGGUGGCGGUCCAGCUCCCCAUGUUCAACGAGCGCGCCGUGUGCCAGGCCAUCAUCGACUGCUGCUGCGAGCUGCACUGGCCCACGCAGCGCCUGAAGAUCCAGGUGCUGGACGACUCCACCGACACUGUGACCCGCCAGCUGGUGGAUGACAAGGUGCUGGAAUGGUCGGAGCGCGGCCUGGACAUCGAGUGCCUGCGCCGCACCAACCGCCAGGGCUACAAGGCCGGCGCAAUGAAGGAGGGCAUGGACCUCUUGAUCAAGCAGGGCUACCUGUAUGUGGCGGUCUUUGAUGCCGACUUCAAGCCCGAGCCCGGCUUCCUGUACCAGACCAUUCCCUACCUCGAAGGCAACCCCAGCGUCGGGUACGUCCAGUCCCGCUGGGUGUUCACCAACCCGCAGGAGAGCUACCUGACCAAGGCGCAGGAGGUGUCCCUGAACUACCACAUGAAGUGCGAGCAGUACACGCACAGCGCCGCGGGGUCCUUCUUCAACUUCAACGGCACCGCCGGCGUCUGGCGCUGCGCCUGCAUCGAGACCAGCGGCGGCUGGAAUUCGCGCACCACGGUGGAGGACAUGGACCUCUCCCUGCGCGCCUACGUGCGCGGCUGGAAGGCCAUCUUCCUGGACAACGUCACCUGCCUGAAUGAGCUGCCCGCCAGCUUCUUCGCCUACCGCAAGCAGCAGCACCGCUGGACCUGCGGCCCCAUCCAGCUCUGGAGCAAGGCCAGCAAGGACAUCUGGGCCUCCAACCUGCCUCUCAUACGCAAGCUGGAGCUCAUCUUCAUGUACUUUGGCGUGCGCAAGUGCGCCACUCACUUUGUCUCCCUCGGCUUCUUCUGCACCCUGGUGCCCCUCACCAUGUUCACCCCGGAGGUGGUGCUGCCGGUGUGGGCGCUGGUGCACCUCCCCGUCUGCGUCACGCUGACCACGGCAGCCUUCACGCCGCGCGGCUGGGUGUACAGCAUCCUGUACGUGCUGUUCGAGAACGCGAUGGGCACGGUCAAGCUCUGGGCGGUGGUCACCGGCAUCCUGGACCUGCAGCGCGCGCAGGAGUGGGUUGUGACCACCAAGCUGGGCUCCAGCGACAAGCGCCCCGGCGCCACGGGGACCAGCGUGCCCCUGCCCUCCUGCCGCCUCUACGUCAACGAGCUGGCCUUCUCCGGCUUCAUGCUGGCGGCGGGGGCCUGGGGCGCGCUGGCCGGCGCGCAGAUGGGCAUGGCCCUCUACCUCCUGGUCCAGGGCGCCGUGUUCCUGGCCUUUGGCCUGAACGCGGUGGACGCCGGCGGCCUGCUGGGCGGCCGCCUGGAUGACGACGUGGUCCUGGUCCCCUUGGACGCGCCGGGCGCGCUGGGCGCGCUGGGCGACGACGAGCGCGAGGAGGGCACCGGCAUGGUGUUCCGCAAGAUGGAGGCGCCGCGCCUGAACCGCCUCAACACCAUCCAGGCCAUCUCCGUGCUGGACACGGUGGGCGCCUACGUGUCGGGCACCUCCUCCGCCUCCCCCUCCUCCGACGGCUCGCGCACGCCGGACUCCGUCAAGGCCGAGGCGGAGCGUGGGUUUGCCACGCCGGGGCCCAUGCCCGGGCUCAUGGGCAAGCUGGGCGACAUGUGGCCCUCCCCCUCCUCCACGCUGGUGGCGACCUAG